CGAAGGAAAAGGAGUGGGGGCAUCCAUUCAUGCUUUACUUCUGGCUUUUAAGAGUCCAGUCGAGCGGACGGCAUACCUUCGCAUAGGCCGAUCUCCGUCGGGACGUUCUGUUUCUUCUCGAGUUUUGGCGAUCGCGCACCGUUUUUCGAGAGGAGGAGCUAUCUCUCUUGCCAGGAACUGCAAAAAAGGAGUACCGCACGGAUCGAUCGAUAGAACGAACGAACAGAUAGAUAGAGAUUUCGAGGGACGAUCGGUCGCACAACUCGGUGAGAGUGCGCGAGUGCGAUACGCUCUAUCGAACCCCGGAGGCUUCCCUCCGCCCCCCUCGCUCCUCCUUACCUCCAAGAUCGGUCGAUCAGGAUCGGGGAACCGCUCUUUCGCGUCUCUGAAGUCGCAAAGUGCAAGAAGAAGAGGGAGAUAAAAGAAGAUCGGGACCGCGGUAAACAGAGACACGUGACGUUCCUGCUUUCGCAGCUGAGGAAAGAAAGAUCGUAAGAUCUGCACGAGGCUUCUUCGUACGAGGAACGAUUUAAAUCGUUGCGGGAUUUCGCAGCAGCUCGCCCCGCAGAAUCCGCGAAUUCGGAGAGAGAGAAAGAGGUCGAGAGCCUCCGGGACGAGCGUCCGAAUCGAGAUCCUCGAAAUAGGGAAAAACCCUUUUCCGCUUUCGCCCCGAUGAUCGAUCAAUGAAAAGACUCGCGUUUGUGAAAUUCACGAAGAUGGACUUCAAGUAGCAGUGGCGGACGACCGGCGACGAGCUUCGACUUGGAGUUUUCUCGAUCCGUGUUGUAUCUCUGCUAUGAGUAUUCCCUGAGUAUUCCUCCUCCCGCUCGUUUCUGAACGCCUUGUCGCGCAAAUAAGAAGGUGAACGUAUCGAAACCCCCCUCCCCCUUCCAUUCUUUUUAUCGUAUCCCCCCCUACCGUGGAGUAAAACACCUAACGCAGCAAACGUUCCCUCCGGAGAGAAAGAGAAAGAAAAAGAGAAAGAGAGAGAGAGAAACACGCGCAAACAGGCGAUCGCCGAUUCUCUCGAUCGGAAUUCUUUAUCGGGAAGAACUUGGCCGCGACACGAUGACCGGUAAAACGAUACGGCACCUGCUCUAUAUCCUCCUGGCGAUCAUCGGGGUCCGCCGAAGCAAAUGCGAAGUCUUCGAUUUACCGUUGAGAGUCGAGCACGACGAGUACCUGAAGGAGUAUUUGUUCAUCGACGAGAGCAAGUACCACGCCGAGCUGCAGGAAUUCGACGACACGACGGUCGAGAUCGAUCUGAUUAAUCGUAACCGGAAGCACAGGCUGAACCACGAGGAGCCCAGGGUGCUAUACCAAGUCGGGAACAGCGAGAAGGAGUUACCGGAGUGCGCGGACCGGAGCGAGGUAUGUAGCAAGGUGGAUUUAUAUGGUGCACCGUGGGUCGAGAGACAAUGUCGUUGCCCGAACGGCCGUGCCUGCCCCAGCAGUCUUCACGGGGACGACGGACACACGAUCGUCGAUAAAACGCGCCGCUACAAGCUCUGCGAGCCCGUGAAACGACUUCCCAUCUGUCAUUACUUCAAGGACGUUACGUGGACCCUAGCACCCGGAGGUGGCCCGUUGAACGCGACGGUGCAACGAGUCUACUGUCGAUGUCGACCAAAUAGCGUGCCAUACCUAGUACGUAGGCAACCACACAGAUCGCCGGACGGAAAUCAAGGCUUUGUCUACGCAUUCGCCUGUUCUCCGCAAAGCAAAAUACGAUGCCAGCACAAGGAGCCCUGCCGCCUGUUCACCGUGCGCAAGAGACGCAACUCGCAGCUCGAGGAGGUGAACGCCUCGCCACUCUGCCAGUGCCCCCGCGGGCACCGAUGCCCACGACGGCACACGGAUCCCGGUUCCUCGCCGGCGCGAUCCUACGCCGGCGUCCUGGAGAUCAAGACGUACAGCGGCUACUGCGUGCCGUAUCACGGCUACGACAAAAUGACCUACGGCAUCUGAGAAAUCGCAUGGAUGUCUGCCAAACGCAAGCAAAUCCGCCGCGACACCGAGACGGACCCGUCAUUCAACGGACUUACUCACACUCUUAAAGUCUGAAUCAGUGAAACCUUAUUGAUUUGCAGUGCCACACUUAUAACUGCGAUCGUCAGCGAUUAUUCACUGUCUUUCAGCAAUCUCGCUUAAGAGAGGGAUACUCUUGCCGAUCGCAAUCGUUAUUAUUACCGAAAGACAGUGCGUAUAUCUGAUUGAUGCAAUUACAAGUAUAACAUUGAAAUCAAAUUAUAAUAAUAUACUGACUCCGAUUUAGAGAGUAUAUCUUUACCAUACGACCCCGUAAACAAAAAAGAGAGAGAGAGAGAAAGACGGUUGGUUCCGAACCACGGCGGGCCUCUCUCGUCCAUUAUUUCAAGCGCGCAACAAUUGGCCAUUUGGUACUCGCCGAUUGUCGAAACGGUGUUGUAAAAUCGCAGAGGCGGCUUUCAAUCGUAACCGGUCGUGGCGACGAGCGCAUUCGGAUGACCUCUCGAGGAGAGCUCAUCCGUACGCUCUUCCGACUAAUCCUUUUAAAUUUUUCCUCCUCUUCUUUUCCUCUCUCUCUCUCUCUCUCUCUCUCUCUCUCUCUCUCUCUCUCUCUCGUCUCGAACGAAGUGUGGUACUCGACGCUCUUGAUCCACUCCGUAGACAGGAAGCGUCACGUAGGAAUCGCGGACAACGGGAAAUUAACAUACGUGUCGAUCGGUCGGCUGUACCAGCCAUGUGAUGCCGUGCCAUGUACAAUCCCCAGCGGCGUUGGCGAAUGCUAAGUGUAAAAAGUUAUGUACAGAAGAUAUAUAGAGUUAUAAGAAGAAUAUCGCGCCCGCCUAAGCUUUGUACAGUACAUUUCGAAACGAUCGCAUCGUAUUCCCGCAAUGUAACACGGGCGUCAUCAGUUAUCGCGCCCCUCGACGAGUCUUUUCUUUUUUUUUUAUAGCGCUACCGAUUUUUUAUGCCGCUUCGUAGAGUAUUGCGGACGUUGCAGCUAGCGUCGCAGUCGUUUUAAAACCUGUACAUAUAUAUAUUCGUCUCUGGUCUUCCGAAAGUGUUUCAUUCGGGGAGUAUAUUGUAUAUGGUAGCAUCGCAAGACGAUUUGGAAGACUCUCUCGAUGUUAUUUGUUACUUUUACUUUAACUUAAUAAAAAGUAUAUAUAAAUAUA